CAUUACAUUAAAUAGCAAUCGAUAGUUGGCUUCACUACUAUUGGCAUCGAUUACAGUAGUAAUGCAUUAGUAGUGUAUUUGAUGCAAUCGUAUCGAUAAUAAACGUGUAGUCAAUUGAAAUGUUUGAGUAUUAUAUUAAUACAUGUAUUAUAUUAUAAGUUAUAACUGUUUAGACGCCACAUGUUUUGACCAAAAGUCAUACAAACUAUGGUAUGACAUGAAAGAUAUGACUGUUGAUGGCAUUCAUCACUUGUUGUAAUUGCAAUCAAUUGAUAUUAUGACCACUAUUUGCCUACCAAUGACUUAAACAUGGAUUUGACUCUCAUAUCUAAUUAUCUCAGAAGUGAUGCCUUACUUCAGAAAGAGGCCAUUGAAUACUUUGAGCGCCUCAAGAGUGACCAAAACGGAUGGAAAUUAUGCGUCGAGUGUUUGGUUAAGUCCCAAGUGGUCGACGAUUCGGCCAUUUUUUUCUGUCUUCAAGUUAUUGAACAUUACAUCAAAACGAGGUAUUCAAGUGAUAGUGAAGACAAUCGGACACUAAUCCGUCAAUUUAUAUUUCAUUGGUUUAACACAAAACACCUGACAUUGAAUUACAUUGAAAACAAAUUCGCAUAUAUUGUUAAUUCAGUCUUUUUAGUCGACUUUCCGCUCCAGAAGUGGAACACAUUCUUCACUGAUAUUUUAAGUCUUUGUCAAAACCAAGAAAAUUGUGAUCUUUUUCUACGAAUUUUGCUACAAAUCAAUGCCGAUGUCGCUGACCGAGAGAUUCCCAGAAGUCAAAAGGAAUUGGAAAGAAAUACUUUAAUUAAAGACCUGAUGCGAGAAACAUGUCUUCUAGAAUUGGCUCAGUUCUGGUUCAAUGUUAUUAAUACAUAUCGAGACUCGAGUCCCAACACUGUCUGCUUAUGUCUAGAAGUGAUCGGCAGUUAUGUCUCAUGGAUUGACAUUAGUCUUAUAACUAACGACUCAAUUAUGACAAAUCUAUUUAAUUUAUUUCCAUUCGACACAUUCCGGUGCUCUGUUACCGACUGUUUUAACGGUAUUCUUCAUAAGGGAAUGGAUUCUUUGGCCAAAACACAACUCAUCCAACAGUUUAUGAGUGUUGAGUCGAUUAAACAGAAAUUGACGCAAAUAUUCAAUACAUCUAUUGUUUGUGACACCGAUGAGAAUAAUAACCUUUUUGUGAUAAAGUUCUCUAAACUUAUGAAUACCAUUGGUAUUGAAUUGAUUGAAGCGCUCAAGAAAUUCAAGUCAAAGAGCAGUUUAAGUAACAAUUGUAUAGCUAAUGGUAAUCUGGAAGACCUACAGGCGCUUACAUACAUAUCUACCGCUAUUGAGUCAAAGUUUAACAUUUUGUGCCAAUUUUUGUCCCAUAAGAACAAUUUAGUGUCUUUACAAAUACAUCCGUUUACCAGAGAGUACAUCCAAUGGGCGAAAAACACGUUAACAAAAAAAGAGAAUAACGUAACGGUUGUGGACAAGGCUUUAGAAGAGAAACUAUUAAUAUUUUUAAGAAUAAUUAUAGAGAAAUGUAAAUAUCCAAUGGAUCACGACUUUAGUCUCGAAGAAGAGACAACAUUUGAUGAGUUCCGCAAAUCGUGUAAAGUAUUGUUUGAUAAUUUAAUGCUUUUAAACUCUUCAGUUGUGAUUCAAUCCAUUUGUAGUCAACUUAUUGAACCUUUGCUUAUGAAUUGGCGAAUAUCUGGAAAUAAUUAUACAUUUGCUGACAUUGAGAUAUGUCUCUACUAUUUUUAUCUGAUGGGCGAAAACCUCAACUUCUUAAACGACACGAAACGCAUUGAAUUAUUGUUACAAUUGUUGAUAACAUCAUCGAUCUCUACUUUUCCCCACACCUGCACUCAAUCCAUUUAUUUUGAUCUAAUAUUACGAUACGAAAAAUAUUUCGCCAAUAAUUUAAAUUAUUUGGUUCCACAGAUUCUUAUCUCAUUUCUUGAUGAAAGAGGUUUCAAAAAUAGGAGUUUAAAGAUGAGAAGCAAAGUGGCCCUAAUGUUCAAUAAGUUUGUCAAAUCUCAGAUCAAAUCUAAAGGCAGUGAUAAACAGCAGAACUUUACUGAAGACAUUCUCAAACGUUUGCAAGACUUUCUUAAAUUAGAUGUUAUUCCCAGUGAUUCCGAUUUAAAUGAAACUAAUGGACUAAUUAGCAACAAAAACAAGACACCAAAUAUUUUUGAUGAAAUUCGAUAUUCAAUUACAACUGAAGAUCAACUUAAUGUCUAUGAAACUGUUGCGAUACUGAUUAUUACGAAUCAGAAUUUUGAUACAAAUCGUAAACAAUUUUUAAUGAAGACUUUGUUGAUUAACACAAUUUGGGAUAAAUUUGAAGAAAUCUAUUCAAAACUUUCAAAUGAAAUUAAUGCUCAAAAUGGGAAAAUAAUGACGGAUUCAAAUGAAUUUGUUGUUAAACAAUAUUGCACUCAAAUCUCACACAUAAUAUCUCUUACCUCUCGUACUUCAAAAGCGUUUUCUAAUAUAAUAACCAUAAAAUCCGUUGGACUUCAUGACAUUUAUUUACAAUCUUUUAAUAUAUUUAUUAAACCGUUAAGUUUAGGAUUAAAUGAAGAUUUUUUGUUUAUAAUUCAAUCUACUACUCGACAGUUCCUUCACCGGUGUAUUGUAUGUCUCGAUGAGAGUGAUAUUGUGCCACUUCUUCCUUCAGCCAUACAAAGCUUGUUUUUACUGAACCAACAGCUCAACUAUAAGACACUACAAGAGUUAAUUCCACUUCUGAAUCAAGUGGUCACUAAAUUUAAGCAUUCAUGGCUUUUCCAAAGAGAUUUAACUCCGUUUUUCAAACAAAUAUUUAAGCCAUUAAUUCAUUCAUUCUUUACAGUUAUUUCGCAAACAGUUAAUAAUGAAGAAAAACUUUCAAUUCAAAAGUCAUAUUAUACUUUAUUAUCACUUCUUGUCACUAAUAAUAUUAUGGAACCAUUGGUUUCAAUCGAAGUACCACUUUUGGAACAGAUAAUGAUAACUGUUUUUCAAGGAGCCAUUGAUUUCCCAGAUGUUGUCACCCAAAAGAUAUGUUUCCAAAUAUUACGAAAAUUUAUUGAAUUUUUUGCUGAAUCAAAUGAAGUAUCUUUUGAUAGCAAUGGUAAGGCAGUGGACACUAAAUUAGUGAAGAAUAUAGGCAGCAAUGAGUUCGCAGAGUUCAUCUAUAAGUCUAUAAUACCCGCCUGUUUUGUGGCACCUAUUCGUCACAAUGAAGACUCGCAAUUAGUCAAUGAGUGCAUUACAUGUCUUAAAGCAAUUCAGACAACUCGUGGUACACAAGAGUUAUCCACUUAUCUCUCGUCGCAAUUCUUUCCGCAACACUUUCCAAAUUAUAGCAAUUGUUGUGAAUUGAUUCAGACAUUGAUGAACAAUGAUGUAAAAACAACUAAACGUCUUUUUAAAAUAUUUUGCCAACAAUUUAAACAAAACAUUAAUGAAAUCACAUAAAAUAUGCUAAUUUUGUAUUAUAUUUAAUGUAUUAUAACU